GUACAUCAUGGAGUGUAUAUGUAUAUUUAUAUGAAAAGUCAAUCGAGCUCACAGCUUCGAUGAAGAGCCAGUUGUGUGAAGUACUAGUACAGCAAGUGAACCGCAUGCAGACAGUAACUGAGGAGAUUAAUGCAUAAUGGAUCUAAACAUAAGCAGUUGGAAAGCGGCAAGAGAUCUACUAGAGCGACCGAUGUACCUCGUUGUUAUCGAAACGAUUAUUUUAGCCCUUAUCUUCAUUAUAUCAACAACUGGCAACAUUUUCUCGUGUUUAAUCAUGUACACGAGCCCUCGUCUUCGCACAUGGCACAACUUGCUUCUUCUUAACGUGAUAUUUGUUGAUUUGAUGGCAACUCUUCUUUGCGUUCCUUUCCGUUUGGUUGUUCUAAUAACGGGACGGUGGAUUGUCGGAAAUGCUCUUUGUUCCAUGGUCGCCUAUGUGAGCUGUCUUCUUCUGACAGUCUCUAUUAUAACUUUAGCAGCGAUAAGUAUCAGCCGAUAUUUCUUGAUAACGAGCCUUCUAAGAUACAUGAGCGUUUUCAAAAAGCAAAACAUCACGUGGAUGAUAGUGGUAAUCUGGAGUUUCGCCGUGUUGUGCGCUUUUCCGCCUUUUUUAGGAUGGGGAGAUUUCCUCUUCUUACCAGGAAACGCCAUGUGUUUCAUAUACUUUGGUUCAAAUUUGUCAUACGCUGCGGUUUUCACGCUUUUAGUGAUAGGUCUGCCAGUUUUUGUUAUCAUUGCAUGCUUUGUGAAGGUGAAGCUUCUGAUCAAGAUAAACAAACGUAUUAAGUCGUUCACGUCGGUGACUUCCAUCGCGUCUGAGGAAAUCGACUCGGCCAAAACUCUGUUUUCAGUAGUAAUUAUGGUACUUCUGUCCUGGUUUCCAAUGUUGCUCUUAUUUUUUCUCGCAGCGAUUGGGAUAGAAAUGCCAAGACAAGCUUCACUGAUGUCAACAUAUUGCAUAUUUCUGACAUGUGCGCUGAAGCCCGUUAUCUACUUCUGCAUGAGGAGACAAUUCCGGACUGGAUUUCUUGCUAUUUUAAAUAACCUUUUACCUGAUGUAUUCAAAAUAAGACGGAGUAAUCGUGUUGCUCAUAAAUCAUUAAGUUAGAGCUCAUGCAGAAAAUAGGCAAAGCUCUCUAACUCACAGCGGAAAACUUAAUCAAUUUAAACUCAAACAAGAGUCUGCCGAAUUCGAAGAAACAAGGAAGAUGUAGAAUUUAACUACUUGUCUACCUAUUAAGCUAUAAAACUACUAUCAUCUUAAGGUCUUAAAAGAGCUUUCGAUGUUAAUUUAAGAGUCUAAAUGCAUGCAUUCAGCUUUUAACAGUCCUUCAGGAAACUGGUUCUGAGUAACCGAGAAACUUGUCAAAGACAGUAAAUUGAGAUUUGGUAAAAAAAAAUUAUAUCCGUGGGCUGGUAAGCUGGCAACGAGCCUACUUGGCUGACAUCUAUCGGAA